AUCAGAUAAAUUGACUUGAAUUCAUGCGGUCUUCAGUUCCGUCCUCUCGGCCUUCUUAGAAUAAUCAGAUGGGAAAAGGAGAAGAAACUGAUGGAGAGAAAACUUAAAAACGCAAUCUUCCUUUCGUCUCGUACUCACACCGAUUUUCUCUGUGGAAAGUGGAAACCAUUUCUUCCCUUUGCGUCGAAGCUUGCAGAAUACCUCCACAAAUCUCUUUCUCCCUCUCUCUCCAUAGUUAUUUCAUCCUCUUGCCUUCCAGUUUCCUUCCUCUAUUCGACUCUCCAGUCUUCAAACUCUAUCUUUGAUGGCUUGAUUCGGUUCCAUUGUUUCAUCUUGGUUAGCUUAAUGCGCGCAACAGAAUAGAAGAUCGUUCGAAGGCGAGCGCCUCUGUGGGAUAAUGGGGUGUUUCGGGUUCUUGAAGACGAAGCCGAAGAGCAGGAAGGAGCGGGGAAAGUCCGGGUCAGAAGCCCUAGCUGUUUCCGCUACUACAACUUCGUCUUCCAAUUACGAAACUAGCCGAUCGCAUGACUCGACCGGUGGGAAGCAGACCAGUAAAUCCUCAGUCUCGACUUCGUCGCAGCCGAGCAUCUCGGCCAUGUUUGAGGAGAAAGCUGGCGUUCUCCGCGUUUUCGAGCUCGCCGAGCUGCGGAGCGCUACUAAUGAUUUCAAUCGGACGCUUAAGAUUGGAGAAGGAGGGUUUGGGAGCGUUUAUAAAGGAUUCAUUAAGCCUUUGGAUGAGAAAAGCGGUAGAAUUACGGUGGCCGUGAAGACCCUAAAUCAGAGAAGUUUGCAGGGUCAUAAGCAAUGGUUGGCUGAAGUUCAAUUUCUGGGAGUUCUUGAGCACCCAAAUCUUGUGAAACUCAUAGGUUACUGUUCUGAUGAGGAUGAAAGAGGGAUACAAAGGCUAUUGGUUUAUGAAUACAUGCCAAAUAAGAGUUUAGAAUACCAUCUAUUCAACAGAGCUGCCCCUCCCCUUCCCUGGAAUGUACGACUGAAGAUUGCUUUGGGAGCUGCAGAAGGCUUGGCUUUUCUGCAUGAAGGUUUAGAACUUCAGGUCAUUUACAGGGACUUCAAAACAUCAAAUGUCUUGCUAGAUAUUGAUUUUAAGCCUAAAUUGUCUGAUUUUGGGCUUGCAAGGGAGGGUCCUGCAGGAGACAAUACUCAUGUGUCUACAGCGGUAGUAGGUACCUAUGGCUAUGCUGCACCAGACUACAUAGAAACAGGCCAUCUUACAACCAAGAGUGAUGUAUGGAGCUUUGGAGUAGUCCUCUAUGAACUCCUCACCGGUCGCCGCUCCCUCGAUAGAAACCGUCCAACUAACGAACAAAAGCUUUUGGAUUGGGUUAAACAGUUCCCGAUCGAAAGUAAGAGAUUCAACAUGAUUAUGGAUCCAAAGUUGAGAUACCAGUAUUCUCUGAAAACUGCAAGAGAAGUUGCUAAGCUUGCAAAUAGUUGCCUAGUGAAGCAUGCCAAGGAAAGACCCAAGAUGAGUGAAAUUGUACAAGUGAUAAAACAAGCUGUGGAAAUGACUGAAAUAGCUUCAGGUGGGAAGGUAGAGGCCAAAGAAGAGAAUAGUGCUGUGGCUGAUUUGGACAAGGGGAAGCGACCUGAAUCAUCAAAUUGUUAAAUGAUGAUAAAGGGAAGCUGUUUCAGGAAGAAAAACCUCUCCUUGUUCUGAUUUUUUUAUGUUUUUUUGGAAUUAAAUUGUAGUAAAUGAGAGAAUUUGAUGGCUACCUAUAUUUAUUCAUCAUUUGUUAUUGUUGUAAUUAGUAUGGAUUUGAGAACAAUUUGAUGAUAUUUUGAAGCA